GUUGGCUAUGCAGAUGAUCACAUUCCUGCUUUCCUGCUGGAGCCGAUUUCCUGUGAAUCCUGUCAGCGUAAAACUGGUGAAAAACCACUGGCUUUAGUGAGUGUCCAUGCAGCAAAAGGAGUUGUUGAGCCCACAAGGAGCUGUGAAAGAAACCCAUGGGUUUCUAUCACAGAGAAGAUACAAUAUGAACUACAAACAUCUGUGUAAAACAUGAUGAAUGGAAUGGAUUUGCAUGAGUCUGAAGAAGUAAAGCCUUCCUUUGUAGCUAGAUUUGGAAAAAUUCACUUCCACCAGAGGCCAUCUAGUCAACUGGACACAAUCAGCCAAACAUCAGCUCUUGAAACUGCUAUGAGUCAAGUGAAAAGAUCAUUCUACACAAAUAUUCCUAGCUCAUAUGCUGAGUACAUUCUACAUGGUGUCAUACCAAAGAUUGGAGUUGAUUUCGAUGAAGAGAAAGAGUAUUACCAUGUGAAGGUCUUUGACAAAUGCCGACCUCAUGCAACCUUGUCAUGCAAAUGCAGUGCAAUGAAAAUGGAGGGAAAACUAGAACUCCGCAAGAUUGAAAUAAAUCUGCGCCAACUGGUAGUGGAUAUGUCAUGCCCCGAGAAGGAUAUAGACCUAAGGUUGAUGCUGUCCGCUAAAAAGAUUCUGAAGGAACUGCCUCAUGAUGAGAUGGAUGGAAUAAAAAAAUUAAUUGCUUCUGCAAUUAUAGACGAAAAUGUGAAAGGAGGAUUGAGAUGGCCACUAGGGAAAGAGACUUUUGGGGACAGAUACAUUGUUGUUGGUGUUUGGCACACUAAAGCUAAAGCUUUUAGGAAUUCAUCAAUGAGAAUCAAGUUAAGAGAUGCUGAUCGGUUUGAUUUCAUGGCUUCAACUGGGGAAGUUUCAAAGGAAGUUAGUCUGAGGAUGACAGGAAUAAGUACAUUAUUACGGGAUCGAAUGGUGGAAAUAGGCCCAAUCAAUAAGUUGCUUGAAGACAGUUUGAAAUUGAUAUGGGAGCACUUCUUAAGAUGUGAUGGCAGUUCUUUUUCUUGAAUCUCAUUUUGUUAACACUACUCCUCUUUCUUUGUAAAUACUUCUGCUGAUGAAAAUCAUGUGAGGGUCCCUUGUGAAAUAUGUCUUUCUUUU